GUUGGAGUGAGAUCGAGGACGACUUGCGUCAGCUUGGCUUAUAUAUACGAACAUUAACAAAACAGUAUCAUUCAUCUCUAAACAUUGUAAGAAUCAAUAUUGAAAAUGAAAUCUUGUAUCGUAGUAUGCUGCCUGUUCGCGUGCGCCCUCGCCGGCGUCCCCCGUGAGAAGCGCGGCUUCCUGGGCGGGCUGCACUCCUCGGACGUGUACAGCGGCUACUCCGCUCCCAUCAUCAGCCUCUCGGAGCCCGUCCUCGGCUACUCCGCGCCCGCUGCCAAACUCGUCAGCGUCAACAAAGUGGUCAACUCUCACCGCGUCGUGGACGUCCCUCAAGUAGUGAACGUCCGCAAGGUGGUGUCCGUGCCUCAAGUGGUGUCCGUCAACAAGCUGGUGGCCGCUCCCAGCUACAGCUCCUACGGCAGCGGACUGGGACUGGCUUCGGGCUGGGACCACGGAUAUUCCAGCGGAUGGUGAACAUUGUACCCUGACGACAACAUCUAGUCUCUACGUUUAUUAGUAAUUUCAAGGAAAUUAUGAUAUUGUUUGUAUUUAUUGUAAAUAAAUAUUUUUUUACGCA